AUGAGCGCACAGGCAAAGCCCCUCUCCUAUAUGGAGAAGCUUUCGAAUGAAGUCUUUGUUUACCGCCCUUCUGAACCUACCGCGCCGGACUCUCCGAAGAUUAUCAUCAUCGCCAGUUGGACCAACGCGCUUGAUGGCCAUAUCGCCAAAUACGUCGAUAAGCACAAGGAACUAUACCCAUCGUCGCAGCUUGUUCUUGUGAAGAGCUAUAACAAGAGCUUUUUCGACCCUAAAGUUCUCGCAGAGUCAGUGAAAACAGCGGUGCCGGUUAUCAGAGCCUCAUUCCCAGCUGCCCCAACAUCAACGGCUGCCCCAGGAAUUAUGAUCCAUCUCUUUUCGAACGGCGGUUCGUCGAAUAUCUCAUCGUUAUAUGAUGUGUAUGCUGCAACUGCUCAAGAAGGCGAAGAUCCCUGGCUUCCGCCUCACGUAACAGUCUUUGACUCAGCACCGGGUGCUCAGCGCCUCACCAACACAGCCGCGUUCUUCAAAUCUACUGUUCCAAAGUCAUAUCGUUGGGUUUGUAUGCCGCUUGUCUAUUUGGUUGCAGCUAUAGGGCAGUUCGCCAAGUUCCUUGGUCUGACAAAAGACUGGCUGGCUUUCUGGGGUUCGACGCAUAAUACCGCUCAGGGCAAGAGGGAGCGUGAGAUUCGGCGAACAUACAUUUAUAGUGAGGAGGAUGAGUUGAUUCAUUAUAAAGAUCUGGAGGCGCAGGCUGCUGAGGCGGAGAAGCUGGGGUUUGAUGUUCAUCUGGAGAAGUUUGAUGGGUCUCUUCAUGUUGCACAUGCAAGGAAAGAUGAGGCGAGAUAUUGGAGCGCUGUCCAGAAGACUUGGAGUGGUUUUGAAUAG